AGGACAGCCUGGGCCAGUCCUGCGGACUCUGGAGAGAGGGAAGGCCGCCCCCAGCUCCGCAUCCCUGGGGACAGGCGAUCCGAUCCAUCGGGAGGCAGCAGGAUGGCCUGGUGGAAAGCCUGGAUGGAACAGGAGGGUGUUACAGUGAAGGGCAGCCCCCACUUCAACCCGGAGCCCGACGCAGAGGCCCUGUACACAGCCAUGAAGGGCAUCGGGACCAACGAGCAGGCCAUCAUCGAUGUGCUCACCAGGAGGAGCAAUGCGCAGAGGCAGCAAAUCGCCAGGUCCUUCAAGGCCCAGUUUGGCAAGGACCUCACUGAGACCUUGCAGUCGGAGCUGAGCGGCAAGUUCGAGAGGCUCAUGGUGGCGCUCAUGUACCCGCCCUACAGAUACGAGGCCAAGGAGCUGCAUGAGGCCAUGAAGGGCUUGGGCACCAAAGAGGGGGUCAUCAUUGAAAUCCUGGCUUCUCGGACCAAGAAUCACCUGCAGGAAAUAAUGAAGGCGUACGAGGCAGACUACGGGUCCAGCCUGGAAGAAGACAUCCAGGCCGACACCAGCGGCUAUCUGGAGAGGAUCCUGGUGUGCCUGCUGCAGGGCAGCAGGGAUGAUGUGAGUGGUUUCGUGGACCGGGGACAGGCCGUCCAAGAUGCACAGGAUCUGUACGCAGCGGGCGAGAAGAUUCACGGGACGGACGAGAUGAAAUUCAUCACCAUCCUGUGCACGCGCAGCGCCACCCACCUGCUGAGAGUGUUUGAGGAAUACGAGAGCAUCGCUGGCAAGAGCAUUGAGGACAGCAUCAAGAGUGAGACCCAUGGCUCCCUGGAGGAGGCCAUGCUCACAGUGGUGAAGUGCACGCGGAACCUCCACAGCUACUUCGCCGAGCAGCUCUACUAUGCCCUGAAGGGAGCAGGGACACGCGAUGGGACCCUGAUCAGAAACAUCGUUUCGAGGAGUGAGAUUGACUUAAAUCUCAUCAAGUGUCAGUUCAUGAAGAUGUACAGCAAGACCCUCAGCAGCAUGAUUGAGGAAGACACCAGCGGUGACUACAGGAACGCCCUGCUGAACCUGGUGGGCAGCAGCGCCUGAGGGCUCAGCGCGGAGCCCGGGCCGAGAAGCUGGAGCCCAGGGGCCCUUCGGCCCACCCUUGGCCGGGGACCGGGGCGGGGGCUUGGGGCGCCCAGCUAGCCUUUCACUCCUCUAUCUCCCCGCUUCUGAGGCGGCUCCGGGUGUGAGCACGGUGCUGGCCUCCCCCCCACACCCCCCAGCUUGGCCGCUGCAGGGCCACUGGGCCCGGGUUUCACAGCUGCACAGCCCCACCCCAUCGACUAAAUCAGGAUCUGCAGAGAAAAGCCCAGAGAAUGAGGCAUCUCCACGCGCACCUCCGCUGAGAAGCGUCCUGGAAAGGCCAGCCAGAGGCUGCGAGAGCCGCGGCCUUCAGAGCACACACGUGCGUAGCCGACGCACGGGCCCUCGGGCCACUGGGAGGCCACCAACAUUCAUGCGCCAAAACCUGAGGCUGGAGGCAGGAUGUACAUUCUCCCCGUGUCUCACCUGCAGAGGAAAGCUGCGAACCCAUGUCCCGCCGAGGGCACGUCCCCCACCCAGGCUGCGCCGGCCCUGCAGGUGCCCUGCCCCUCCCUCCCCUCCGCCAGCCUGCAGCUUCUCUUAUUCUGACCCAGUGCCCGACACACAGAUGCCUGUGUGGUGCUUUCCAGAAUAAAGGUUGUGUAUUCGACUCUAA